AUGGCAGACGACCUCGUUCUACCGGACCAGUCGCCCUUUGCGCCGCUGCAAUUGACCUUCGACGAGCAACGGCAUUGCCACGACUUGAGUCUGCAACUCCUCGAGCGCACGCUGCACAGCUACGACGAGCGACUCGCUGGCAUCACCCCACGCCACCACGCGAGUCUCGACAGCGCACGCUGGAAGCUGCAAAAGACCGAAGAACACGCGUCGCUCUACUCCGAACGCAUGCGACGGGUGCGGACGGACCUCCACUUGCCCGAAGACCAGUGGGACGACCCGACAGUGCUCCUCAUGGUCGGCACGAUCCACGCGCCACUGGACGAGGUCAUGCUGGGCAUGACGAUCCCGACGUUCGAAGCGCUGCAGCUACGCGUCGCGACGCUGGGCAACCAGGACAUUAGCGGCGCGAUGCUCGCGAAGCUCAGUCGUGCGACGGCCGAGCGGCCGUUCGAGCACUUGUCCAUCUUGUACAUGGCCAGCCGCUUGCCGUGGCUCGUGAGCAAAGUCGUGAAACCGCGAGACUUUUUGCUGCUGUCGGCGUCCGGGAUCGUCACCACCGCAGAAGGCGAGCGCAUUGGCUACGACCUCCUGCAACCGGCGCCGUUGCCACAGUGCCGCCCACUGCCGAAGCCAAUGAUUCGCGGCAAGUUCAUGAUCGGGUGCUUGUACCGAGAACUCGAAGACGGCACCGUCGAUGUCUACAUCCAGCAAUACCUAGAGCCACUGGGCAAAGUGUUUGACUCGUUCGUGAUCGCGGGCACGUGGCAAGCGCUCUUGGGCUUUCUCCGCUCGCCGUUGCUGGCAGAGAGCAAAAAGUUGCAGUGGUGCAUUGCGCGUGUGGACAGUCGUCGUCGUCAACGAGGACGACUGGUAGAUGAGCGCUCGAGCUCGUCGGUGCGUUGUUCGCUGUGCUUUAAGGCUUGUGGCCGAGCUGGUCAUAGCCGCAGUAGCGACCCGCAACGAUGUGUACUCUGCUUCGCCCACGUGUGCUCGCACUGUCGUGAAGAGCGAGAGUUCAAGGUGCUGAAACGACAGGUGAAGAAGAAGAGCAUGAUUGCGAAACGACAAGUGUGGCUCUGUCGACCGUGUCUCGAGUUUGUGCAACGACAGAAAGCAUCCGAUAUUGCGAGGUACAGCGUCCUGGACUCGGUCACUCCAGCGUCGACUUCUGCGGCAAUGGACAGCAGCACGGGACGAAUGACGUGGGGACUACUGGACAGCGAUUCGGUGCCUUCGUGGUCGCCGAGUCAAUCGCUGUCCGUGUCAAGCGAGUCGUUCGAGUCGUUCAGUUGGUAG